AUGCCCCGCCCCCGCACCCCAAAGUCGCUUGCCGAGUCAAGGGACAAUACCGGCGACGAAAGCGACGCUACAAUCGAGCCUGCAGCCUCUGUCCAGACCAGACGCGCCCGCAAGCGCCCUGCCCAUCCCGCUCGCGAGGGCUCCGCAGACCAUGCUGCUUCACCGCUUGCUUCGCACUCUCCGUCCGAAACAGAGGACAGGUCGGCAAAUGCGGCAGAAGCUGAGCGCGGUGCUUAUGCCAGCCGUCACCGCGAGGUAGAGCGACGCUCCGCUACUGAUACAUCUCGACCCGCUCCUCUUGCCGGCUCAUCGGCUUUCGAGACUCCCAAUCAAGCGCGUGAGCGACUUACCAUGAUGCAAUCUGAUCCAUCUCAGAGCAGCAGCGGCAGUAGCAGCAGCCUUGUUCGCUCUAGCUCUUCCCUCCGCUCCGCACGCAGCACACGCUCCGCCAUCGAGAACCGCCUUGCAGCAGCAGCAACAGCGGCAACAACAAAUCAAACGGCACAGAACGGUCUCUGGAGAUCCUCUUCCAUGGCAAGGGACCUUUCAAGCCAGUCCUUCUCGUCUCGCUAUGUCGACGAGAUGCUGUUGGAGAAUCCAACAGACCCUACCGAUAUUCGAACAGUUCCCGCUCAAGGCUUGUCACAGCAAGCAGACAGCGAUCCACUUUGCGCAGUUGCGGGCCAACUGACGAUCCGCUCCCAGAACGUCUCUACCCAGCCCCAGACACCUUCUGCAUUCUCCGCGACCGCACCCAUGGCUCGUACCACUAGCAACAUGUCUCCACCUCGGCCUACACGCUCCUUGCCUCGCCGCCGAGCUUCCGCACGCACACAGAGUCGACCCCUACUCUCGAGCUCCAACGGCGCUUCCUCCUCUUACGCGCUCCGAUCGCGCUCGACGUCGAGCUCUAACGUCCUCGCGUCCAGCAGCUCCAACGCCAACAUCCUCGCAUCUAACCAAAACAACCGUCAGAACUCGGCCACGGGAUGCGUUCCGCUCGGCGGGGGGUUGGAUCCGUCCUACAAUCCACCCUCUGGCAUGUCGACGCCCCGGACGCCGCUCGCCGAGAUUCCGCUCUGGCUCGCCGAUAUGCGAAGUGAAAGUCGCCGGAGCAGCACGAGCUCGGCCAGCUUCAUGGACAGGGAAGACAUGCUCGGUGCACCUUGGACCGUCCCAUCGCGCCAUGCCAGGACGGUGUCCAUUUCAUCUUCCUCGGGACCAUCUAGUCCAGGCGCCACCCGCAAUGGCUCCACCUCACCCGUCGUGCCCUUCCGACGCUCAUUACGCGAAACAAGGCCACGUCAAAGUGACGAAAAUGCCCGCGUCAGCCCCUCUCCCUCCUACUUCGGCGAGUACGAUGCGCUGCCUUCGCCCUCUGCAUCCUCGUUCCCAGGCGAGAUGACGCCUCUCGACGAAUCAUUCGACCCGAACACAAGCUUUUCAUCGAGCAUGAUUCAGCCGGGAACAUCGUCUCCUUCGACCGCUUCGACGCACUUGCAGCAGCAGCAGCAACAGACCUCGAGUCCAGCCAUGUCAACGCGCAGUCGAACGCUCAAUCGUGCUGGCUCCGUUCGGAGUCGAAGGUUAACCAAUGCGCUCAACACACCCGUUGCUGUCGAUGCACUUGGCUUGCCGUACGAAGCGGUGAGGGCACAGGCUCACGAGCCACAGUCGGCUUUCCACCAAGCACGGUCGACGGCACAAGAAAGGCGAACCCGCAAUGCUGAUGCGCAGAGGCCUGGCACCACGCUACUUGAGCGUCGUGCCGCUACCGCUGCCUCUGGUGUAGUGCCCGUUGCAUCGCAGAGGGCAGCUCGGACCACAAACCGGCCUAGCUCGAGAACUAUGUCGCCAGCACAGGGAACCAGGUCUUCUCGACGAAGGAGCAAUGCUGAAGAAGAUGAAGCAAGCUUGGCACUGGACACGAGUGCGCUGGGACCUCACCCAGGCAGUCUGCCGCCAUUACAAAUUCCCGGUGCCCGUCUGGCUCGCGUUGCUGGGAUGACGACAACGGGAGGGGGCGCGCCGCCCACACUCAGCGUAGCAUUCCCUGGACUUGCGUCGGAAGCGCUUGCUGCCGACGCAGCUGGCGGGUAUGGUCGACACGCUACGCAGCUCGAGCCUGUUUCGCCCUCGGCAUUCUCGGAAAUGACGAGCUUGACCCAGGGAUCGACGGCGUCCGAGAGCAUGAACAGUGCGAAUGGCAUGCCUGCCACUCCCUCAUCGUCCGGAUCAGCUCUGGACGGGUUUGCUUUAUCAGCCAUGCCCGAUAUCACCGUGCUUGAAGCCGGUGCUUUCCAAUCGACUCAUCGCGGUCGUAGCACCGAGGUACAUGCCACGUCGAGCAUUGACAACGACGACGACGAGUCCGCUUCGAUCCGCGUGCUGCGGCAAACGGGGUCACCGCGUAAGAAUGCUUCCACCACUCUUGAGGCAGGUGUGGCUGAAGAUGCCUUUGGUCUGCAGCUUCGCCCUCGGCCAUGA